AUGAAUUUAUGAAAGUUUUAAAGCUGUUAAAUAAGUUACUUAGUAUAAAGUAUGUUUAAACAAAUUAGUUCAAGAUUGUUGUUGCUUUAGCUAAAAUAAAAAUGAAAUUUAUAUGUUACUACGCUCAAGAGUUUGAAGAUUUUAGAUUAACAGAAUUACAAUCGAUAUGCAACAUUUUUAAUAUUCAAGUUAUUAUGUAUUUGGAUCAGUAUGAUAUUUCAAGGCCAUACCUAAUAAUUUCUGUAGAUUCUGUUACCAUGGUUCAACAAAUAUUAUCAAGAAGCGUCUUAUUAAAAAGUAUAUCUGAAUACUGGGCUGAGGGGGUUUCUUUAGAAGAUGUUGGUACUCAUUUUAAGCAGUUUUUCAAUUUUAAGAAAAACAUAAAUACAAAAGAUAAAGAGAGUUUUAAAUUCCAAAUUGAGUCCACAAAUAAAAAAUUAUCAAUGGAAGAAAAAGUGCAUUACAUGGAGAGUCUGCAGAGAUAUGUGGAGUUUUCUGGAGAAGUUGACUUAAAGUCACCAACAGCUGUGUAUUUGCUUAUGUUACAUUUUAACACAGAAAAGAUUCCGAGUCAUAUUUACUUUGGAAAACUGGUUGGUGUAAGUCAACGUAAUCAAAUCCAUGUGUUUAAUUUAAAAACCAGAUAUUUUAUUGGCAACACUUCUAUGGACCCUCAACUUGCAUUUAUAAUGGCUAACAUUGCCGAAGUACAAAAUAAAAGUUUUUGUUAUGAUCCUUUUGUUGGAACUGGAAGUAUUAUUUUGGCGUGCAGUCAUUUUGGUGGCAUAUCUGGUGGUAGUGACAUAGAUUUCAAUGUUGUUUUUGGAAGAGGUAAAUCUUCGAGAGCUGGAAGCAAUUUAAAAGCUCAAAAUGAAAUUGUUCGUACAAACUUUGAACAUUACAAGAUAGAAAAAAAGUAUUGGGAUAUUUUAGCUUGUGAUGCUACUCAUAUGCCAAUUCGUGCUAAUGAAUUAUUUGAUGUCAUUGUUACUGAUCCACCAUAUGGCAUACGUGAAGGAGGGAGAAAACUAGGCUCAAAGAAAGAUUCAACUUGGGAAAUUCCAGAAAAUUUGCGUGAAGAACAUAUACCUGCCAAGAAAUUCCAUGCACUUUCAAGUAUUAUUAUGGAUCUAUUUAAGUUUUCUUUUAAGUAUUUGGUGGUUGGUGGACGUUUAGUAUACUGGUUACCUGUUUUUAGACCAAGCUACUCUGAAGAAAUCAUCCCUAAAUAUCCGGGAUUCAAAUUGACUGCAAAUUGUGAACAGGUUCUAACAACGAAAAUUUCACGACGGCUUAUCACUAUGGUGAAGACCACUAAAUUUGAGUUUCAAGAAUGUGGAAAUGAGUCAUUAAGUACUGUAAACCACCAAUCCAUGGACUGGAUAAAACAGCAAGAUAACUUUAGAAAUAAUUAUUUCAAAAAACAAGAUGUUUCAUAAUUCUUCCACAAAAGAAAUUGAAGAUUGAUCAACAGCUUAGAAGAUCAAUCAACAGCUUCGGUUAUAAAACUUGGAAUAGUAAAAAAAAAUUUACCUAAAAUAGACUAGACUCGACCUUAUUUUAAAAACAAAUAUAUUGUGUUGGAAA